AUGACGGCGGCCGGACGGCUGGCGUUGCUCGGUUUACUUCUGGCGUCCGUCGGCCUCCCGUCGGACGCUUGGGACCAGGCCGACCUGGAGCUUCUGGACCUGGUCGAGGAGAUCCCAGACACCUUCUAUAACUUUAUGGCGCUCCAGCAGGAUGCAUCGGCUUCGGAAAUCAAGAAAGCCUAUCGCCGCCUGUCUCUGGUUCUGCAUCCCGACAAGAACAAAGACGAAAAUGCCGAGACGCAAUUCCGACAGCUGGUGGCCAUCUACGAAGUCCUAAAGGACGACGAGCGACGACGCAGGUACGACGACAUCUUAGCCAACGGGCUCCCUGACUGGCGGCAGCCCGUCUUCUACUACCGUCGCGUGAGGAAGAUGAGCAACGGCGAGUUGGCCUUCCUGCUCUUUGUCAUCGUCACCGUGGGACACUACGCCGUCAUCUGGUCCGUCUACCUGGAGAAACAGCUGGAUGAGAUGCUGGCCAAAAAGAAGAGAGAGAAGAAGAAGAAGGUCAACGCUAAAGAAGAAAUCAAGAGCAACCCUGACAGGGCUCAGGAGCGCCCCCACUGGCAGGACCUUCUUCCUUUAAAAGUCAGCGUGUGGAUAUACCUGUCAAUCAAACACAUGCCACAAACCCUGCAGGAGUUGCAACGUCAAUACUCGGCUUACCAGCAGAUGAAGAAGCAGCAGAGGGAGGAAGAAGAGGAAGAGGAAAAAGCUCAACAGGAAGUGGCAACCAGAGAGAAGAAACCAAAGGUGAAGAAACCAAAGAUGGACUUCCCCAUCUACCAGCCUUCGGCGGAGCAGCCUGACUGGCAGGCUUGCCAGCAGGCCGGCUCCAUCCAGGAAGUGGAAGAUCAACUGGACCAAUGGCUGCAGGACUCCAAGCCUGCCAAGAAGAAGACGGCGGCGGAGUGGAGCGAAGACGACGUCAGCCUCCUCAGCAGACUGAUGGCUAAAUUCCCGGGAGGGACGCCCGGACGUUGGGAGAAAAUCGCUCACGAGCUGGGCAGGACCGUGACCGACGUGACCACAAAAGUCAAGCAGGCCAAAGAGCUCUCCAACCAAAACACAGGUCUAGUGAAGCUGUCAGACUUGAAAGGUCCGUCCCUUCCAGUUAGUGACGGCGACCAAGAAGUCAAACGCAAGAACAGAAAGUGUGCUGCCGACGGCGGCGAGGGAGGAACCCUUAGGUGUCGGCGACAAAAAGACUUCAACCCUGACGAGGUGGACGACGACGAGCCGCCUGCACAGGAACAGGAAAAGGACAAGCCGGAUGCGGCGCUAUGGACUCAGAACCAGCAGAAACUUCUGGAACUGGCACUACAACAGUUCCCCAGAGGAAGCCCGGAACGCUGGGAUCGCAUCGCUAAAGUGGUUCCCGGAAAAACGAAGGAGGACUGCAUGAUACGUUACAAGAUGUUGGCCGAGCUCGUUCAAAAAAGGAAACAAGCCAAGAGCUGA